CGGCAAACCUGGACUGACUGGUUGUUUUCCCCUUAAGCCAGCUCAGAAGAUUGGAGUAGUGGGCACCAGCAUAGACCCGUCCCCUCGUUCUGCUCCACAGGCCAUGAAGACGGAUCGCUCCAACUCGAGUCUCACUAAACUUCCAUCUCUGCACAAAGAAGCAACCAGCCGGAAAGUGGGGAACCCUAAAAAGCUCUGUAUUCUCACAGCCAUCAAGCCAUGUAAUGUUGAGACAGAGAGACACACAUUUUUUAAGUUGGACUUCAACUAUAAUCCACAGUUUGAGUACAGCAGCCCUGUUUCUUCUGUGGUUCUGGCCCGGUAUAACAAGCCCUCCGACUGCUUCCUGACACAGGCGGUGCACAUCAUGGAGCUCGUCUUGGAGAGAUAUGGGAGUUAUGAGAGGUUUGAGCAGGCCACCGGGGGCCCCCUCCUCUCCAAGAGUCAGAUCUCCAACAACGUCAGGAAGUACAUGGAAAAGGAGGGCUGCAUGGGGGAGAUAGUAGUCCAGCUGACAGAUGACCUUCUGUCAGGAGCAUCGAUGACCGUAGUGAGCAGCAGACCAACGCUGACCAUCAACAUUUCCAGCACACGUGAACACUGGCUGGAGGGCCUGCUAAGGCAUGAAAUCAGCACACAUUAUUUCAGAGGCGUCAAUAAUUCCCAUCAACCAUGGAACAACCGCUGGGGAAGAAAGCGGUUCCAGCUGAAGCCUCUGAACCCGACGGAGGAGGGCCUGGCCAGCAUCCACAGCGUCCUGUUCAGGGAAGACCCCACCGUGUGGCGGCCCGCCCUGCUCUAUUACACCGUCUACCAGGCCAGUCGCAUGUCCUUCGCACAGCUCUUCCAAAACCUGGGCCGCUUUGUCCAGGACCCCAGCACCCGCUGGGGCUACUGUGUCAGAGCAAAGAGAGGCCAGACCGACACAGCAGAGCCAGGGUGCUUCAGCAAAGACCAGGUCUACUUGAAUGGCAUAUUGAAGAUUCUCCGAUACAGAGAUAAGAUCAACUUCCCACUGCUGAUGGCUCUUGGAAAGGUGUCGUUUGAAGAUGUGGAUCGUCUGAAACCCAUGGCUAAGAUGGAUAACAUUCGUAUCCCACACUACAUGCAGGACCAGCAGAAAUAUGCUGAGCAGCUGACAAACAUUAUGGCGGUCAAUCAGCUGACUGAUGAGGAGCUGAAGACCAUCAUCUGAUUCCAGUCCCAAAUAAAAUCUCACUGCCAACAAUGGUUUGCAUUUAUCAAAUUCUUAUCAUCAUCUACGUGCCUCAAACCGAUUGUGAAUUUUGUAAAGUCC